AACAAGCACAAGGGAAACAUCUAAAACUGCGUUGAAUGGACGGAAUAGACUGUAAAGGCACUAGAUGAUCAAUUAACUUGAACUAAUUAAGUAUUUUGUUGAGGCUUUGAAAUGUUAUUCAUAAGUUAUUCAUUUUCUAAAGGUUUGUAGAGUAAGGAGUUAUUUUACACACGCAGAUGACCGGGUGACACCUGAUAACACUCCUGUGAGUGUGUUAUGACAGAUUAAACAUUAAUUUAUCUACCCACUAAUGCCCUCCUACCAAUGGAAAGGUGUUAAACCUCCACUUGACAAACAAUCUCCUAUCGAACACUUCCAGCCUGUGUGUUGCACCAACACCUGUGACUGAAGAUGAGCUCCGGGUUCGGGCAGGUACUGACAGCGGUCGGGGAGUUCGGAACAUUCCAGAAGCAAAUGUUGGCUGCGAUAUGCUUCCCGAACAUCUUCAACGGGUUCCACAUGUUCUGCCAGGUGUUUACGGGGAUGAACUUCCCUCAUCACUGUAACACAGACUGGAUCAGGACGCAGGGACCCAACCUGACCAACGAUAGGCUGUUGAACCUCACCCUUCCACCGUUGGACGAUGGCCCUGGGUUCCAGUCCUGUGAGAUGUACACUCCGGUGGAUCUGGACUUGCAGACUAUUGAAGUGUAUGGGAUAAACAGUACCAUCUCCUGCAGGGAUGGAUGGAAGUAUGAGGCUCCCCAUGGGACCACCAGCCUGGUGACUGAGUUCAACUUGGUGUGUGCCAACAGUGGUCUGAACGAGGCGUCCCAGUCCAUCUUCAUGGCAGGGCUCCUGAUCGGUGCUCUGGUGUUUGGGCCAAUGGCAGACAGGUAUGGUAGGCGUUUUGUGGUCCUCCUCUCUUUGCUCGUCCAGCUGUUGUUCAGCGUGGGAGCAGCCUUCUCUCCCAACAUCUAUGUUUACAUAGCCUUCAGAUUCAUGGUCGGCACCACCAUCUCAGGCGUCGCUAUAAACACGUAUGUCUUAGGUGCUGAGUGGACUGGUAACAACAGGAGGGCUCUGUUCACCAUCUUCUCCCACUGUUUCUAUGCCAUUGGUCUGAUGCUGAUGUCUGGGAUCGCCUACGGGGUCAGAGACUGGAGGAUCCUACAGCUGGUCCUCUUCAGCCCUGUCCUGUUCCUCGGGGUAUUCUACUGGAUCCUCCCAGAGUCAGCUCGGUGGCUGAUGACCCAGGGCCGAAAGGAGGAGGCUCGCCAGGAGGUCCGCAGAGCAGCAAGAGUCAACAGAAGGGAGGUCCCUGAAGCCCUGCUGGACAAGCCACAUUUCUUCAGCCUCCUGAGGCUGAACGAGGCGUCUCUGUGCGCCAUCACGGCAGCUGUCGCUGAGCUCUAUCCCACUGUAGUGAGACAGAACGGAGUGGGUCUGAACUCCAUGUGUGCCCGUGUGGCUGGCAUCCUUGCCCCCCUGAUUAGACUGCUGGAGGUGUAUCACUAUUCCAUCCCUAUGUUGAUCUAUGGCAUCCUGCCCUUCCUGGGUGGAGGCCUCUGCUUCAUGCUGCCUGAGACACUCAACACUGAGCUACAAGACCACACUGAACCACAGGAGAAGGACUCAGUAACUCCUGAGAAGUUGAAUCUUGAAAAUGGACUCAGUCAUGCAGAGGAUAAGACAGAAGAAACAAUGAUCACAAAAAUGUAAAUGAUUAUCACUGUUUUAUAUUAUCUUGAGCUUUACAUAGAGUAUGUGAUUGUUUUGAUUAUUAUCAAUAUCAAGUAGAUCUACUAAAUGGUCAAUCAAAACAUUGGACUGUUAUUCAGAUCUCAUACUAUAUUGUUAGAGAGACAUUUUGUAAACAUAACUACUUUAUUUUGUAUUAAUCAAAUGAUAAAAUACAUUAUUUAUAUCACAAAAAACAUUUUGAUAUAGUUGAACAUUUCUAAAUAAAAAUACAAUGAUAAAAUA